ACUCAUGUCGUCACCGUCUAAGUGAGCGCGCGACUCAAAAUAUCAACAGUAGCUUGAGGCUUGUUCAAUCUGUUAAACUUUGGUAUCUUCGUUUGUAUAGUUUACAUACUUUGCUCUGUAAAAGCAGAUCUGUAGCAUAGUUUGGCGAUGGGCUCAAAGGUGAUAUCUCGUGCGAAGGACUUUUUCAACAUUCUUCGAUUUCUUCAAGAUGAGAAAGGCAGUGACCCACAUACGUAUGAGGAGGACAUCCAAAUAUUAAAAAUUAAUGGACGUAAAAUUACUGCUGUCAGUAUGUACUGUGGCGACCAGACAAUCUUCCUCUGUGAAAAACUUGUUCCCAAAAUAUGUGAGUCUGAUGAUCAUCCAAUAACUGAGACAUCAAACUGUGAUGGUGAUGAUGAUGCUAAUGAUAGUGUCAGUGUGCUCCAGACAGAGCUAGGACCCCAGCCGCUCACAAUCAUGAAAGCAAGGCAGUUGCUGUCUUUUUAUACAUUAUCUCAGAAUGCUAGUGUGUCAGCUGUGGACAACAACCCAGCCUUACACCCUCUGUGGGUACGAUGUGACAUGUCUGAUCCUGCUGGAACAACCUGGUUAGGAGCUGAAACAGUCUGCGUGGGCAGUAAAGUAACUGGUGUUAAACUAUACUCCGUUACCUGCAAAGGUUCGACUGUAGACAAAAAAUCUCUCAUAACCCUAGAGGAACUGAAACAAGAGCAUAAGAAAAAGCAUCACCCAUCCUCUAUGGGGGUUAAAGGCAGUGCCACAUUCAACUUGUUUGGCUCCACUAUUGUUGAGAACACGGCAAUUGAAUCAAAAAGUAGUGUGACAGUGGAUUUCAAAUGGAGCCAUGUGGAGAGUAUCUUUGAGAUCCCACCCCUUUCCUCUACAGCAACACUAAAUAUCAAAGUUGCCAGUGGAGAGAUGAGAAGUCCAAUGUUUGAGAUGUACAGGGAGCUGGAGUUUCUUCAGACUCUUGCUGAUGGUUUGAGAACUGGUGAGACUGAAUGGAUGGAACCUUUGGAAAACACGUCUGCUGUAAAUCUGACCAAGGCCUACCUAGAAGAGCUACAGAACACUGCAAAAACACUACAAGAUCAGGCUACAAAAACAGCUGAGCGCACAAAGCUGAAGUCUGAGACAGACGCUCCCAUUUUCAACACUUUCUUGGAACGAGGUGAUUUGGAUUUUGUGGAGCAGCUGUGGGUUCGAAUGAGAAAAAGCGUAACUUCUUAUCAGGACAUUGGAGACUGUCUGAAGUUGGUCACUGAAGCUCUAAGAUACGGUGACAUCAAACCCUGGAUUCACAGAGACAGCAGCAGCUCCCUCAGUAAGCUCAUUCUGCAAUCCUACCACCAGCAGAUCGAUCAUGUGUCUCUUACAGGUGUCACCCCUGUCAACAUGCUGCUAGAGAUGGGUCUGGACAAGAUGAGAAAAGAUUAUAUCAACUACCUUAUUGGUGAAGAACUGACAACUCUAAACCACUUGUGUUAUUACCUGAGCACUGAGGUUGAUCUGCAGGAGCAAGUGGUCCGACUCAGAAAACUGCACCAUCUGCUGGAAAUAAUCUUGACCUGCCGUACAUUCUUGGCUUUGCCCUACGACAAGCUCUUCCUUCUCACACAAUCAUGUUUGCAGCACUACAAAACAUCACCAUAUGAUGAGGAGCAUGAAUUUAAACUCCAAAUCAAACCAGCCCUGAUCAGCAGUUUCUACCAGAAAGAGCAUCCAGUUCUGUGGGGGGUCGAGGUGUCCAGUGGUAAUGGUCCUCGUGAGGUCAGAACAGCCUUACAGCUCAGUGACAGACCACUGGUUGAUCAUGUCAUCUUUGAAACUGAUUACUCAGAUGAAACCGUGAAUGGGGACAGCGACGAUCCAGCUUUCUUCUCCACCAUGGUGUGCUGCAGCCUCGUCAACUUUGCCUGAAUUUUCAAAGCAGCUAAAACAGCAAAGGAGGUGUUUUUGUAUUUUAUGCUCUCAUUAGCAUUUCAUCUGUUCUGAUACAAGAAUACAAGAACUAUCCAGAUGGACUUAAACUGCAUGAAUAACCUUCACUCACCAGCCACUGUGUUAGGUACACCUGAGAAAUCUAAUAUUUUCUAAUGUUGAGCACACCUCAUGUAUGUUAAUAGGGUGGACAAAAUAUUAGAAACACUUGUAAAUGUAUUUCAGUCACCAUCAAUCACAAUGACCCUAAUAAUAAACCUUUUGAAAACAAAAACUUAGAAUGUAAAACAUUUGUAACAGUGGAAUUUAUGGCAGAACUGUUGCAUUUAAUUGCAUUCGAUUUCACAGGUGUACCUAAUAAAGUGGUCGGUCAGUAUACUUUUAAUAUACUGUAUUUUUGUUAAACGUUUCCAAUAAAAAAAAGUCAGUCCUUUGUA